ACUACUUUGUCCCAAAAAUCUUUUGUUCCUUUCAUCAAUUAGUCACAAACUCUAUCCCUCAAUCUCUCAAUCCAAGAAAAACAAUGUCCAUUCGAACAAAUCCAAUGAAAGCAGUGAAUUUGUUGUUGAAGCGCCUAAUGGAUCUUGAACAACCAGCAAAAUUGAAGAAUUUGAAGUCUGAGUUGUUUCAGAUAAGAGACCUCUUUUCCAUAGUGAAGAAAAACAAAGAUGAACUCCUUGACAUGUUAACAGUCGUGGAUGGCUAUCUUCGCAACUCAAACAUACGUAAGUUGAAGGAAGAGGAGAUUGAAAUUUGCAACAGAUUAAGGGGCAUAACUCAAAAGUUGCUACCAGGUGCUGCUUAUUCUCAAAGUAGUAGCAACACUAACACAGAAGCUGCUCAAACUGAAACAUCACAAGAAACAUUUCAGGAUGAGAAGCUUGAUGCGAGACAAGUAGAAGAGUUUAAGGUACACUAUUAUGACCUUGAUCGUCUUCAUAAACGUUUCUUCUUGUCUCUCUUGCUUUUCCCUAAAAACGCUGUUAUAAAGAAAAGCACUAUUCAUUUCUGGUGGGCAUCUGUGGUGGGUUACUUCAUGAUAGGGCAAUUUGAGUAUGUGUUUGAUUAUCUUUUCAAUGGUAAAAUGAUUGUACCAUAUGGUAAUGACAAGCGUCCAAACGUGAAAAAGUUUAAAAUAAAUCCCUGUGUGCGUCAUGCGUUGAUGAGGCAAGUGUUACAAAAUGAUGAGGAAGAACUUUGUGGAGUUUAUUCAAAACUAGUAAAAUUGCGUCGCCCCAAUACUUCACAUCGAAGUUUAAUGCUUGAUCAAAAAAAAGUUAAUCUAAGUGAUAAGUUUGGGUUGAGAUCUGAGUUUGACCAUUGGAGAGCUAUUUUCAAUGUGGGUGCUAGUUAUCUUAAUAUUGAACCCGAAUGGAUAGCAAAAAUGAAGCAUUUGGAGGUGCUUCAACUUGGUCGUUGGCUGCAUGAUUCACCCAAACAUCAUAUAGAAGUGAUGAGUGAAGAGUUUUUCAAGGAGUUGAGGCAUCAAAGGCGUUUGAAGUAUCUAAGCCUUCGUGGGAUAUCAAGAAUAUUUGAGUUGCCACCCUCCAUUUUUCAACUUGAGAGCCUAGCAAUUCUAGAUCUCAAGGCUUGUCACAAUCUAGAAACACUACCUUAUGAUAUUUCAUCAUUGAAAAAACUCAGACAUUUGAAUUUGUCUCAAUGCUACUUGUUGGGGAGAAUGCCAAAGGGGAUUGAGAAACUCACUAAUCUUGAAGUUCUCAAGGGCUUUGUAAUAGAUAGUUCUACCAAGACUCCCUAUAGAAUAUCAGAUCUUGCAAAGUUGAAAAAUCUAGAGCAACUCAGCAUACACAUAGCAAGUGGGGCUCUGAUCAAAGAUGGGGAGUAUGAAAGCUUUAAAAAAUUGGAGGCACUUGAGCAUCUCAAGAUAUCAUGGGGUGCGUCUGACAACAUAAGGUACAGUGAUAUUCAAAUGAGUUUGCCUUCGAAUUUGAAAACAUUGCACCUUGAAGGCUUUCCUGAAGAGAAUAUUCCAGAAUGGUUGAAGCCUAGUGAACUACCUAAAGUACUGAAGGAGUUAUCUAUAACAGGAGGAAAACUCAAAAGCUUGAAUCUUGGAGAAUAUGUUCACAUUACUCCAUGCAGUUUGGAUAUCGUACGUCUCAAGUACUUAAAACAUUUGAAUCUAGAGCCAAAAAAUUUGCAGGAUUUGUUAGCUUCUUUGAUCUACAUAGAAAUAAAAGGUGUUCCAAAUUUUCAAAACUCUGAAUAUUGUAGAGUGACUGAGGGGUGAAUUAAAGUACGUCUAUGUCAAUGUGCGGGUAAAUAAAUGUAUCAU